GGUAAACAUUACUGCCCUUGUUUUCUGCACGUAAACAUGCGGUAGUUGAUGAGUCACUUCAUAUCUGUUUUGAUUACCAAGCUCGUUACAUUCAAGUAUUUGCAAGGACUGCCUUCUAAAGAGAAAUAUCGAAAGAUUUGAAUUGUGCUGAAAAUGCCAUUAUAGGAUUGUAAACCUUUAAAGAAAACAAGAAAAGAUACCACUGAGAAACCCAACAACAGUAAGUCAGUGCAAAUAGAAUGUCGGUGAACUUCCAUGAAAACCCGAUAGCUAUGGAUACGGAGGAGGAUGACGAUAUCCACAUCAUUCCUCUUACGGAUAUCGAGGUUGUCAAUCAUGUUUCUCAGAACGAAGUGAAACCUCGCGCUGUUAAUAUGGCAGUUAGACGUCGUUGGCAACGGGUAAUCAGAAAAGCUACGAGCCAAAAAGAUCCAUGGGCUGAUUUCCAUCUGGAGACAUUUAAGGAGGAGAAGGCUAAGCGGUUUCGAUACAACGCCUUAGAUCAAACUUGGGUUGUGGACAUGGUUUACGUGAAGAUGGCCGAUGUGCCUUUUGCAAAUGGAGCUAUGAGGGAAUGCUUCCGAAUGAAAAAGAUAUCAAAUAUGAGCAGAACAAAGAACUGGAAACACAGCGGUAAUUUCGUUUCAAAACGCUACAUGGCAUCAGUAGAGCGUGAUGUCUACUUUAACGAUGUCAGACUACAGAUGGAUGCAAAACUGUGGGCAGAGGAAUACAAUCGGCAUCAUCCCCCUAAACCGAUUGACAUAAUGGCGAUGUCGAUCUUAGAGUUCAAAAACAGGCCAGGCAGCCCUCUUUACCAUAUUGAGAACUUCAUUGAGGGUGACUACAUUAAGUACAACUCAAACUCCGGGUUUGUGCGAGACGAAGCAUUGAGACUAACUCCACAGGCCUUCAGUCAUUUCACCUUUGAGAGGUCAGGUCAUAAGUUAAUUAUUGUUGAUAUUCAAGGCGUGGGGGAUCUUUGGACUGAUCCGCAAAUCCAUACAUCUAACGGCACGGAAUAUAACGACGGAAACCUGGGAACGAAGGGCAUGGCAUUAUUCUUCUUUACCCAUACUUGUAACACCAUCUGCAAAACUAUGAACAUGACACCAUUUGAUAUACACUCUUCAGAAGUAGCUGACCACUCUAAAUACGUUGAUUUGCAGAAAAAUUCAUCAACAGUCUGCAGUGGUGAAGAGGAACCUGUAUUUCGCCCUCGUGCUCGUAAAUCUAUCACUCCUCUCGAUAUGACCAAGUUCAUCGUGCGAGAAAUUAGAGAACGUCAUAUUUCAGAAUGCUCUGAAGAAAGUAAUGAGGAUAUGGAAAUGAAAUUUGAGAGACGAACAUCUUCGGACAGCAACCGGUCUGUGUCGGAAAGUUCCGAUUCCAUAGGAGAUCUCCCAACCCGAUUCAACAACUCCAGACCAAUUAUUGACAAGAGACGGGCGUUGAGAUACGGUGCGUCUAUCUGCUUCGCUACACCGGCGUCUCCAGAAGAGGUUUGCAUGCCGUCUCCGCUUGCUGAGAUCUCUGACGAGGAAAGCGCUGAUUACAAUGACGAGGCAGACCAUGGUAACAUACCGAGGAAUCGAGUUCAUACAACUUCUGAAGGUGAUUCCAUGACACGGGAAAUGAGAAAGCAGAAAGAAGAAGAAGCAGCUGCUUAUUUCAAACGCAACAUGAAAGCGCGUGCAUCCUGUGUGAAUUUGGAAAUGCACUUGCGUAUGCGUGCAAACAUGAAAAAGUCGGAUGACUCCAUUUUAGGCAAGAUUCAUUUGGAUAUGGCACGUUAUCAUGAGAUUGGACGAUUCGCUGAGAGUGAAAAUGAACGAAACAUGGACGCUGCCCUCUACCACCUGGAACAGGCUGCCCUCUGUGGCUCGCUUGAAGCCAUCAUUAAUCUUGCGAAAAUACAUCUACAACUCCCUCAUGAUAUUCUGGAAGAUUUUACAGUUAGUGACACACCUGCAAAUCAAGAUAAGGGACUGGACUUCAUGGAGCAGGCAGCAGACGCUCGCGACAGGGCAUCUCAGAUUUACAUGGCCAGGGCAUUCGAUACUGGCAACGGCCUAGGAACACAAAGAGAGAAGGAUUGGGAUGAGGCUCUGCAUUGGUACUCGGCAAUCACCGAUUCCCCGCAAGAAGAUGAUUCUGGAGGAUUUGACGCAGUCAACGAAACACCCUUGUACCAACUUUUAGCAAGAGAAGCAGAAAUAUACCGCGAGGGUGGUUUUGGAGUGGAGAAAGACCCUUCACGAGCUGGUGAUUUGUUUAAUGAAGCAGCAGAAGCUGCAAUGACUAGUAUGAAAGGACGCCUAGCUAACAAGUACUAUAUGCUUGCUGAGGAAGCCUACUCGGAGGUCGAGGAAGAGUGAAGCGGUUGUUAUGACGUCACCAAACACCUGGAAUGGGUAGAUAAUUUACAGGUGUGUUGGACAAGGAACACAGGAUACAAAUCAAGUGAGGUUACAGGUGACAACAUUUGCAAGCAUUGUACACUUCACUAUGACAUUUGUACGUAAAGUAAUGGUGGUGUUAGAUCCUUGUUAUUAUUAUUAUGCAAACUGCCAUUAAUAAUGAUAGUCUCUUAUAGGCGGUUGUUUUGUUCAUUGUACUUUGCCGUCUUCCAUUACAAUUCUAAUUUCUUUACUCCUUUGUCUAUAAAAAUUAAGUUACCGCAAAAAACAAAUUCAGAACAUAUCUUUAGAAAAAAAAAAAGGGUAUAAUUUUAAACAAAAAUAAAAUAAAAAGCACAAAAUGAAUAUCAGUUUUUUUAUUGUUGCUUAAAUACAGGAUGGAAAUUUUUUGAAGAAAGCUAUUUGUAAUAAUGUAUAUGUAUGUACUGUGCUUUAGUUUAUGUAUGUUGUAACUUUUGUUUAUGUAUGUUAAAACUCUUGUGUAUGUAUGUUACUGUUAUAAUUUUUGUUUAUGUAUGUUGUAACAUAUUAGUCAUCUAUGCUCACCUAUGUCUAAAAGCUGCUAACAAGGUUGGUACCAAGCUCUUUCUUGUUUGGCAUUAGCUACAAAACCCUAGAAAUUUAACUUCUGCAGGUUAACAAAAUAAUGUCUUUAUUUUGAUCAACAAUGUAACAUGGUAAACAAGUACUUGUUUUUGGUUUCUAUACACCGAUCCAUUUACAGUGAUUUAUCCCCGCUGCAGAUGCCUAGCAAAGAGCUUCCAUCUGGGGAUUCUCGCACAUAUAUAAAUAUUAAAAUUGUAUCUACAUACAGUAUUUUUUUGUCGUAAUCUAUUAGAAUUUGCGCAAUAAUAUGGACAUGACGUGUGUGGGGAACCCCAAGAAGACCCCCAGCAUUGGCGGUGGAUAUAGAGGGUGCCUUUUGAGAACAUCUUAUUGGAUUUAUGUAUAAGCUGACAAGUUUUGAAUUUUACUAGGAUAUAUUAACAUUCCAUUCAAGUGUAAUAUUGGCAUACAAGUCAAUAAGGUCAAACAGUUUUGGUCAUUGCAAGGCAAUGUGUGUAAACCUCAUACAAACGGUUACCAGUGCAUCUUGUGUAUGUACCACUAUCUAUGAACGUACGUUGAUUAUGCAUUGAAGCAUGGCCAUUCAGCUUUGGUUUCAGCCCAGUGGGUGAGCCCAAAGAUCAGACACUCCAUUUGCAUCAGUGUUUGCUAUUUAUUUGUAUACCUGCCAACUUUGCUGGCAUCUAAUUUAUGAGGCAAAAAAAAAUUAAAUUUGUGUUUAGCGCCCUCUAUGAAAAAUUCACGAAAUCUAGCGCCCUCUAUGUUAACUAUUUUAAAAUUUUAAUGGUGGAACUGCUACCGAUUACAGUCAUCAGUCAGUAUAGCUAUAUGGCCUAUAUUUGCAUUUUAAUGGCAAAUUCACUCCAUUUUUAUGAAUUUUAGUGUAUAAUUGGCCUAUACAUAUUAUCUUUAUUAAAAUUUUUAUGAUGUAUGAGAUAAUACAACCUAGGCGUGAGACUAGAAGUAGAUGCUCGUGCUGCCAGGUGUAUAUUUGUGGGAGCAAGAUUCGUCAUAAUCAUCUUCAUCAUCAUCAUCAUCCAGUGGUGGCUCCAGAAAUUUGCCAACAAGGUGUCCGACAGGGGGUACGAAACAAGUUGCUGACUACAGGCUCAAUCAGGAUUGUAUGACCCAAAUUGUGCUUUUAGACCACAGUAUUGGGGUUGGCAAUCAAAAUAACGUUAUUUUGAUAGGCAAAUUAUUAUUUUUGGUCCAACAACUUUGUUGUGUUGUCGGAUGACUGGGACCCAGGCCUGUCCGAGUUGGGGUGGCGGGGGGGUGGGCAUUGAGGGAAUUACUGUGAUCAUCAUCAAAUCAUUACCGUAUGUCAUCACAAAUGUAUUAAUAAAAUUAUAAUAUGCGAUUUACAAAAGUAUUAAAGAAAGGUACAAUACAAUCAAAUUUUUAUACAUGAAUGAAAUAUUGUUUAUUCUUAAUUUUUCUAAUGUUUUACUGUUGUAAAGAAAUGGAUAACUUUUUAUUGUCUAUUCACAUAGAUCAGUGGUGCUAGUUACAUUACAAAGAGUAGCAUAAUUGUGACUAUCACAAAAUGAGUUGUUAGUUCAAUAUUUCUGUGUCUAGUGGAACAAGGCUGAUUUUGUGGAGGAGAGGGGUUUAUAUGAAUAACUACAGUAAUACUGUACAAUAAAAUCCAUAUCAAUUACUGUUUUAAUAAGCCUUUCUCUAGUACUUUUUGAUCUUGUAAUGUUUUUUUUUUUGUGCAAUUUUUUAGCCAUUACUCGAGGGGCAUUAUUUUAAUGUAGUGUAUACUAGAUUUAUCACUGCAUCCAGAGAUUUUAAGAUCUAGUCGAUUAGAUAAACUCCCAUGUUGUACAACAUACAAUAAAUUUUGAUAACUACUUUGCAGUUGUGAUUUAUUCAAAUUUGUGCCAAUCUUCCACCCCCUAUCUGCAUCUAAGAUUAUCUUAUAAUGUGUCUUAACUAUUAAAUCAUAAUAUUUGUAUAAUGCCUUUUUUUGUAACAAUUUGCCACUAAAAAAAGUUAAAGAAUCUUUACAGAUUCAACCAAAGAUACUAGAAACACAAGAUGGAACUCUCUAGAUUCCACAGAAAAAACUGCAUCACCGAAUUGCAUUGUGGGUAAAAAGUACUGACGUAAGUUUGUUUAUAUCCAGUGGUACACGGCUCCCCAUUAAAUGAGACACAGCUUACGUCUGGAUCUGAACUUACGUAAAUUGCCAUUACUGAAAACAGAAGGGCGCCGCAUAUGUCUGGAUCUGCGUAAAAGAUAUGAGGUGUAUCUGCUUCACUUUUGCUAUGUGAGAGUUCUCUCUUGUGUUUCAAGUAUCUUUGAUUCAACAUAACACAGUGGAGAGUACUACAGCUUAGGAAAUGCAAAAGAAAAUGAACAUACACAAGCUUUUGAAUCAAUUAUCUGCAAGUAUGCAAUACUGAAGUUGAAUCCUCAAGAGGUUUAAAAAGGGGUGGGGUGAUUUAAUUCCCCCUUCUCAGCAACUGUCAUUGGUAAUGCUAAUUGAGUACAUUACCCGUCCUAAAAGUCCUUCACAUACCUGUAAAUGUGGGCACUCUCACGGCGUCAUACAACGGUCAGCCAACAAAUCCAGCUGUGCUCCCUGUCAAUACAAGACAAGAUGAUGCCUUCUGCUGAUUAUAGGUGGCUGUCUGAACAGAGCGUCAUUAAAAACAAUCUGUCGCACGCACAUCGUCACAUGUUCUUUCCAAGGAAUCGCGUCAACUGACAACCGUCAGGUGCUGUGAGUGCAGGCUUAAGUAAAAUAACUUGUGUAUGUUCAAUUUUAACCCCACCUAAAUAUGUUUAUUUAAAAUUGAUGAGCAAGAUAUUUUAAAUAUAUUGAUUAUAGUUGAACUCUUACAAUGUUAUUUUUAUAUAUUUGAAGAAGUAUAAAGAAUGUUUAUAAUAAUUACAAUAAUUUGAUUAGAACAGUGUUCUGAAUAAUAUUGUAUGUGAUUUUCAAAAUUACUUAUUAAUAGUACUUUGAUAACUUUUUAGCAAUGACAUAUUACAUCUAUAUUUAAUUUCAGUUUUCUUAAUUGAUAUUCUAAUAUCUAUUUCUAAAUUCAGUAAACUCAAUUAUACAUAUUAAUAUAAUUAUAUUAAGUCUUUAUUGAAUGUUUGUCUAAAAAAAUCUCAAUUUACUUUAGUGAAAUUUUAUGUACUAAGUAGCAAGUUGACUCUUCCUCUUCCUCUAUAAAAUAUUUGUUAAUUAUUUAACAAAAAUGAUCGGUUGUUUCUUUGAUAAAGUAACCCACUAGGGCUAUACAUACUUGUGGAAACUCGCUUCAUAUGAAUUUUCAUAAAUAUAUAUGUUUUCAACUGAUAUUUUAAAUUCUAAAAUAUUAGUGAUAAUCAUAAAUGUACAGUUUUAAUUUCCUGUUAUUUGUAUUUUUCUGAUCUCUGAAAUCAAGACGAGGUUGAACCACAUAUUCUUGAUUGUUAUUGUGAUGUUUGUUAUGAUUCUAUUGCCAAACACUGUGUACUGUGUUAUACACAGAAACCAGUACUUGUUUAGUGUCUUACUAUGUUUUACAUUUCUUUUUAUCGAUUCUGUAUAAUUAAGGUUAGCGAGAACAGAACGUUGAUUUAACGAGGUAUUGUGUGACUUUCUUUGCUAUUUCAGAUGAAUAAAUGGGAAUACAAACAAAA